AUGCAUAUGCCAUCACUUCACGUUGAGAACGAUUCCGAGGCACCACCGGCGCCGGAGGACUACAUCGAUGAUGGCUCUGUUGGAAGUUUCGCAAGGUUCAUAAACCACAGCUGCAACCGUAACCUCUUCGCCCAGUGUGUCCUAACAAAUCACCACGACGUCAAGCUACAAAAGGUGACGCUUUUUGCUGCCGACACGAUACUUCCACUUCAGGUAGCACCUGACAUCGACAGCUAUGACAUCAGGAACUCCCUCGCAUUUGUCGAAUACCUCGCUGAAAUUUAUAGCUUCUACAGACGGACCAAGUUGAGUUGUGAGCCCCCCACCUACAUGACACACCAAACUGAUAUCAAUGAGAAAAGGCGUAUUUUUCUGAUUGACUGGUUGAUUGAGUAUGCAGGUGCCGUACAAGCUUGAGCUACUGGGUGAAACACUAUUCCUUGCUGUCAACAUCAUUGAUAGAUCAAUGCAUA